UCUGAUGACAGAAAAGGCAGCGUUUCCUCCAUAACUGAUCUUUCUUUUCUCGCAACUGGAAGGUCCGAUCUGAACAGAGCAGAGUAAACCGUUGUCAAGAUUUCUUCCAUUCCAGGUAUGGAGCAGCAUCAAGUUCCAUUCGCAGUUUUUAAGCAUGGAAUCCUAAGAUUGUGCUCGGUUAUCUUUCUUCUCGCCUUCCAUGGCGUUGAAGUCUCCCAUCACAGCGACGUAACCACAUUGCCUACGCACGAGCUGCUCGAGUUGUUCGUAAAAGUUGUCAUGCUGCUCUUCAUGGCUGUCAGCUGUAGGCGCGCAAGCCUGUAUGAUGGUGUCUUGCUAAUCUCUCGAAAGGUACGCGGUUAG